AUGCUAUCCUCCCUCUCUUCCAGCAUCACAAAUGCUCGGCAAUCAAUUGCACAAGUGCUGAACUUUGCACUGGUGCUUUCCACAGCUUUUAUGAUGUGGAAAGGCCUCUCGGUCGUGUCCGCAUCAAGCUCUCCAAUAGUUGUGGUGUUAUCCGGAUCAAUGGAGCCCGCAUUUCAGCGUGGUGACCUGCUCUUCCUCUGGAAUCGAGACACGAGGGCGGAGAUCGGAGAAGUUCUUGUUUAUAAUGUUCGAGGAAAGGAUAUUCCGAUUGUCCACAGGGUUGUUCGCACUUUCCCUCAGGUAGAAGGGCGCGUAAGCGCGAGGAAGGUGAAGGAAGUUACAGUGGACACAACACCCAACACGCAUAUGCUUCUCACCAAGGGCGAUAACAAUUUGGCAGACGAUACUGAGCUAUAUGCUCAAGACCAGGAUUAUCUCGACCGGGCGGAGGACAUUGUUGGCAGUGUUCGUGGCUACAUACCUAUGGUUGGAUACGUUACUAUCAUGCUUAGCGAACAUCCCUGGCUGAAGACAGUGAUGCUAGGGCUUAUGGGACUGAUGGUCAUGAUCCAGAGAGAGUAA